AUUCCUCAUUCUCCUCUCUUUGCCUACUUUCUCUUUUGCCUACUCUCUCCUCAUGCCAACAUAGAAUAAAAAAUUAUGGAGCGUGAAAAAGAGGAUGAUCCAUACGAAGCCAUUGGAUAUGGAGACUUUGGAUCCUACUUUCGUCGCAAGAAACAAAAGCUACGGCUGCAGCAGGAAGAAAUAGCUGCACAGAUUGCACCGGGUGUCCAACAGAUCUUUGAGGGUAUUGUUGUCUAUGUGAAUGGAUACACAUAUCCCCCCAUUCAUGGAGGUGAGUUCCGGCAAUACUUAUCAAAGAGUUCCACGACGCAUAUCAUUGCGUCCAACUUGACGCAAGCUAAAAUGAAGGAGUUCCAAAACUAUAAGGUUGCGAAACCUGAAUGGAUUGUAGAGAGCGUCAAAGCCAACAAGCUUCUACCUUGGCAUAAAUUUAGUACUCUGAGAGUCGCUUCAUCAUUUACGAAGUUCGGGGAGGUAUCUUCAUCAUCAACCUCCGUAUUAUCCCCAGAUGCCUCUAGCCGCUUCUCGAAUGCCGGAACAACUACUAUCCCGUCUCAGCCUGCAAGUUUUGUGAGCACAGGUAGAUUGGCCAAUAUCCAGAACGAAGCAUCAGUUCGAGAAGUUACUCAGAAGGUGGAUGAUGCGCUCUAUGAAGAUCAAGCCUCUGAGAUGCAAAGGUGCAAUACCAAGCUUGAAGAGGGCGAAAACCAGUCAAUUGGGGUUCAAUACAAUGAAGAUGAGCUCUUCUCAGGCGAGCUUGAUUUGGAGGAACUUCAAAGUCUUCUUACACCUCCGAACGAUAAUGAAGAUCAUGAGCUGGAAGGACUACCUGACAAAAAUCAGGACCCAUCUACCAUCAAUACGACUUUCGUUCACAAUCCAUUUGUCAAUGUAAAUAUGCAAUCACCAAUGGAUGCAAUGACAGGCGCUGGUAAUGAUGUGCAGACAAGCGUAGAUCACAUCGCAUCAUCUGAUGAUCGCCAUCCUACCCUGAUCGAGCUCUCAGUCCCAUGGAAUCGUCUCAACUCGUCUGUACAGCCUGGUUUUGUUGAAAAAUUCUACCAAUCAUCACGUCUGCAUUACCUUUCCGCGUGGAAGGCAAAACUGAGAGAACUCACAGCAGAAAUACAAAAGGACCGGGUUCCUCUUAAUUACAAGAACAAAGAUAAGAUCAUAAUGCAUAUUGACUUUGACUGUUUCUUCGCGUCAGUCGCGACGAGAGGAAAGCCCGAGCUUCAAAAUCGACCUGUUGCUGUCGCGCAUGGGUCAGGAGGGUCAACCUCCAACAGUGAGAUAGCAUCCUGUAAUUACUUGGCCCGCAGUUUCGGCGUUAAAAACGGAAUGCAUUUGCAGCGUGCCCGGACUCUUUGCCCAGAUUUGAUGGUUGUGCCGUACGAAUUCCAAGAGUACGAGGACAUCUCAAUUGAGUUUUACAAGAUCAUCUUAAGUUACGCGGAUGAGCUCCAGGCCGUCUCGGUAGAUGAAGCGCUUGUCGAUGUCACAUCAAAGUGUAUUCCAUAUUGGAGUAUGGAUGGUCAUCAUCAACAGGCUGAAGAGCUGUCAGUCCAAAUGGAUCCUGGAGCGUUAGCUGAGCAAGUGAGGAAAGAAAUUUUUGAUGCUACAGGAUGUCAUGCAAGUGUUGGCAUUGCACCUAAUAUCCUUCUUGCUAAGUUGGCUACAAAACGUGCCAAGCCUCAUGGACAAUACAUCUGGCCGAGCACUCCAGGCUCUGAGAGGACUCUCCGUGAGCUUCAAGGCUCAGUGUCACUACUGCUACCUGAUGUUGACGACGAACCCGAUCUGACAUUGCCUGGUAGCGACAAUGGCUCUCAAUUCCACAAGCCCGAGACGCCAGUGGCUAAGAAGUCAAAGUCGCAAAAAGAAUUUGCUGUACAAGAUCUACCGGGCGUUGGCUAUAAAACAAUCCAGGAGCUUGAGGAGCGCUUUUCGGCACGAACGCUGUACGAGCUUCAACAGAUACCCAAAGAGGAGCUUCAGCGGGUUUGUGGGGUAAAAACAGGGGAAAUGCUUUAUAAUUCUUGUCGAGGAAUCGAUGAAACAACCCUUGCAUCUGACCGUGAAAAAACUCGACAGAGCGUUAGUGCCGAAAUCUCUUGGGGUGUACGCUUUGAAAACCAGGAGCAAGUGGAUAUUUUCAUUGCUGAUCUAGCUAAAGAAGUUAGCAAACGUUUGAAGGAAAUCAACCGAAAGGGCAAAUCCGUUGUGCUCAAAGUGAUGAAGCGGAAAGAGCAUGUUGGUGGGCAAUGGAAGCAUCUUGGCCAUGGGCCAGUUGAUCAAUUUGCUCGGACAGGCCAGCUUCCCAUCUACACAGAUGAUCCUGAGCUGAUUAGCACCGAAGCACGCAGAUUGCUAUUGUACUUCAAGUUUAACGUAUUGGAUUUGAGAGGGAUUGGUAUUCAAGUUCUCAAACUCAAUAAUGAUGCUAUCAACACUACUCCAAAGCCUAUAUCCGUUACUACGGACUAUAUGAAUCAGACCACCUUGACAUCCACCCUAUUCCAACCCAAGCGGCUCCUUUCCACCAAAGCUGCCAAAGAUCCUACACCGCCCAUCCAGGUUUCUGCUCAAGACAACGCACCCACUUUAAAGCCCACUGAUCAAACAAAGGUUAUUGCUAGUUACAACUACACUGAGGGCGGCCCAACAAUGGAGAUUGACAGUGACACUUUCAAGGAGUUACCACAGGAAAUCCAAGCAGAGCUCUCGCUCCAAUACCGUUUAGUGUUUGUUAACCUAGACCAAAACAAGUCAACAGAUGUGCAGGUCGAUGUACAAGGAGAGUCUAACACAGUGCCAGUCCAGGAAAAAGCUAAGAGUAGACAUAUGUCGAUUGGAGACGAUGCUCUACCCCCGUGGUCUCAAGUGGAUCCCAGUGAACUUAUGGCCAUGUCAACGCCAGCAAUACGAGACACCCUGAAGGGAUAUGCCGUGAAGCAUAAAGAUAAUAAUGAAACUGAUAUUCUUAGAGAUACCAACUCUGAUCAUUCUCUGGAUAGUGGUGUUCUGCCGUCUCCAUCAAAAUUGGAUAAAUCAGUCCUACAAGCUUUGCCUCCUGAGAUACGAGCUGAGAUUGAGCAAGAGUAUACCCUUAUUAUGGAGAACCAGGAGUUAAUCCAAAAGCUUGCUCAAUCUGGUUCGGUGGAGUCUGCUAGACCUACUCCUGGUGGGUUGCUCCUUCAAUCAUCAGCCUUGAUGGAGCGCCAGGGUCUCGGCCGAGGGAAAGGUAGAAAUGUAAUACGUGGUUCCGUCCGCAGCCGUCCUAGAGGUAGAGGCCGUGGCCGAGGGAGAGCUAUUGGCGGAGAUAUAGUUCCAAAGCGGAACAAGCAUGGAGGUAUGGAGGGCUUUGAAAACAGUGGGCGAUCACUACACCAAAGAGCUGGUCCAAAUGAUGUUACAGAUGCUCAAACCAAUCAAAUACCGGACCUUGAUGAGAGCUUCUUGCUUGCAUUGCCUGAGGACCUUCGAGCAGAGGUAGUGGCUGCACAUAGAUUGGAGGUGGUGAAGAGCCGACGGAGACAGGCCGAUCUAGCUGAUGCAGCCAAGAACAACCGACCCCAGGACUCGAGACAUGGUGCAGAGCACAAUAAUUAUGGAAGAGGAUUAGGGGAGAAAGGAUUUGUUCUGCUAGAAAGACCAACGCUUAUGAACAUGCGUGGAGUGGAUGAGCUUCGCGGGAUGUUGGCGGAAUGGGUGCAGUCCACUCUUGUAUCAGGCAGCGAACAGCCUUUACAGGAACGUCUUACUUCUGCUACUGCUGAAGACCACUCAUCAUCAUCUUCUAAAGUUGAUGUCACACUUUAUGAUGAAGGACCGAAUCCAGAGGAUGUGCAGUCUUUCCUAGAAUUCCUUGUAAAGAUUAUUUACAUGGAGCGUGAUUUAGAGAGAGCUCGAUUGCUUCUGCGGUACCUUCGAAGGAAGAUAGCACAGAACCAGAGCAGAGCAGCGCCGGCGGAUGCGAAUCCCAAGCACAUUCAGGUGCUCAUGAGCUGGCCAGAGGCUCUGCAAAAGGUGACGAGUAUUAGCUCGUUCGCAAGGAGCCUGACUCAUGCACAGGAUUUUGGGGAUAGUCAUGUUAUCUUUAUUUUCUCAACACGCUGUUUUGAUAAGGAUUGA